AUGUUUGACUGUUUAACUCAGUUGUGGCCGCAGUCUGUGAUAACCCAGGCUCUUGUUGUUGGGAGUGUGGUUGGAGUGAUCGCCUAUAAUCUCUUCAAGAAACGAUACAACCUACCACCAGGACCCAAGGGAUGGCCAUUGAUUGGAAACCUUCGCGAGAUACGAGGAGUUCUUCUGUUCCGGCAACUGCGUGCUUUCAGCAGGAAGUAUGGGCCAGUUAUGAAGAUUAAGAUCGGCACUCGCACUGCAAUUAUUCUGAGUCGGAUCGACGUUGUGACGGAGGCUCUCAUUACAAAACAUGCAGACUUCGCAGGGAGGCCAGACAUAUUUUCAGAUGAGGUCCGGGACUUCACAGAUGCUCUGAUACUGGUGCAGAAAGAGGCCGAAGAGGAUGACGACCCGACCCUGAUGUCCCAGAUGACAAACACACACAUGGUCCAGACCAUCUUUGACUUAGUUUUCGCUGGUACAGACACCACGAGGAACACGCUCCACUGGUGUCUCCUGGCAAUGGCUCUACACCCUGACAUUCAGAAGAAGGUUCAGAAAGAGGUGGACUCAGUUAUUGAUCCUGAUCUGAACGUCCACGUUUCGGACAGGGACAAAUUGCCAUACACCGAUGCAGUGGUGCAUGAAGUUAUGAGGAUGCGGACAGUCGUUCCUGUGGGUGUUCCUCACUCCACCCUUUGUGAUACCACAGUUGGUGGAUACGAUGUUCCCAAGGGAACAAUGGUGUUCAUCAACCACGACGCUUUGCACUUUGACCCUGACCGAUGGGAGGACGUCAAUACGUUCAAACCUGAACGAUUCCUUGACUCAGAUGGGAAGAUGGGCCCCAAGCCAGAAAGCUGGCUUCCAUUCUCUGCCGGAAGGAGAGUCUGUCUCGGCGAGACUGUUGCAAAACCCGAGAUUCAUCUCUUUUUCGCUGGAAUCCUGAGGGUAUUCUCCAUAUCGCUCGUCCCCGGGACACAGAACGACUUUGAGCCACAGAGCCAAGGCUUAGAGAUUCUUUUGCAUUUUGCAGCAAGCACCUACCCCCGAAACUACAGCAGACUACCCACGGAGCAGAUCCUAGCUACUCUGUACGGCCAGGCUGUUGGGGAUGCCAUCGGGCUGUUGACAGAGUUCCUCACAAAGCGAGAAGCAGGGGUGAUACGCCGAGAAACGUUUGGGUGUUUAUUACUCAAGAAGUGA